CCAGAAAUUCGUCGUCUUCUUCCUCCGACCUCAAUGGCUCUAAUCAACAUUUUGCUCUUCAGUUUGACUUUCCAACUACUCCUUCUACUUCGUGUGUCAUCAGAAUCUUCAAGGAUCGCCGGCGAUGUGUCUGGAAUCCCGACGAAGUUCCUCGACUUAGCGAAGAGUCCGGAGGUUUUCGAUUCGAUGGUGAGAAUCAGAAGGAAAAUCCACGAGAAUCCGGAGCUGGGUUACGAGGAAUUCGAGACCAGUAAACUCAUUAGGUCGGAGCUGGACCUUAUCGGAGUUAAGUACAGAUAUCCGGUCGCGAUCACCGGCGUUAUCGGAUAUAUCGGCACCGGAGAACCGCCGUUCGUCGCGUUGAGAGCCGAUAUGGAUGCUUUAAAUAUGCAGGAAGCUUUGGAAUGGGAGCACAAGAGUAAAGUUCCUGGUAAAAUGCACGCUUGUGGACACGAUGGUCAUGUUGCUAUGCUUCUUGGUGCUGCAAAGAUGCUUCAAGAACAACGCCACGAUUUGCAGGGAACUGUGGUGCUUAUCUUUCAGCCAGCUGAGGAAGGUUUGGCAGGAGCGAAGAAGAUGAUAGAAGAAGGAGCGUUGAAGCAAGUUGAAGCCAUAUUCGGGAUUCAUCUUACCAACCGGUUACCCUUUGGGAAAACCGGUUCACGAGCAGGUUCCAUGUUGGCUGGUACAGGAUUCUUCGAGGCUGUAAUAACUGGGAAAGGAGGUCAUGCUGCCAUCCCACAACUUACAAUAGACCCAGUUGUUGCAGCUUCAAGCGUCGUCCUCAGUCUUCAACACCUGGUUUCUCGUGAAACCGAUCCUUUGGAUUCAAAGGUGGUUACAGUCUCUAAGGUUCAUGGAGGCAAUGCCUACAAUGUCAUCCCUGAUUCAGUCACCAUAGGAGGAACUCUCAGAGCCUUUACCGGUUUUUCUCAGCUUCAACAGAGAAUCAAAGAGGUUAUUACCAAGCAAGCAGCAGUUAACCAGUGCAAUGCAUCCGUGAAUCUAACACCAAACAGUAAGGAACCGGUCCCACCAACUGUUAACGACAAGGACUUAUACAAGCAGUUCAAGAACAUGGUAAGAGAUUUAUUGGGUGAAGAAUCUUUCGUGGAAGCAUCGCCUAUUAUGGGAGGAGAAGAUUUCUCCUACUUUGCAGAAGCAAUCCCUGGUCAUUUCUCUUUCCUGGGAAUGCAAGAUGAAACCAAAAGUUACGCUUCGGCUCACUCACCGCUCUAUAGAGUCAACGAGGAUGCGCUUCCUUACGGUGCUGCAAUUCAUGCGACAAUGGCCGUACAGUACCUCAAAAAUAAGGCCCUUAAAGGAUCCGACUCAGCCAAUGGCUCUCAUGACGAACUUUAAACCCACCAUAGCCAGUUCGAAGUUCAUGUUACUCAUAUAAACCUUGUCUAUAUAUUGGUUUUAGCAAGCAAACUAAUUGAUGAAUUCCAAAAGAUUGAAAUUUUUGUGUUU